CGUAAAAGGGAAAUACUGCCAAUACCGGGAUAUCUAGUUGUGUAGUUGGCAACCGGCGUGGCGGCGUGUCUCCGGCAGUGAGAGUCGGGCAGUCAUGCCUCGCGCCGCGUCCGCCACGGCCGCGCUGCUCACCGCCACGCUCGCGCUCCUUGCCGCGCUCGUCGCGUGCGUGGAAGAAGAAUGCGUGGACUGGGAAGGAAAGUCAGUGCCCCACGGUCUGCUGUACGUGCCGGGGCCCGGCGUCUGCUCGCUCUGCGUCUGCUAUCACUCUGAACCCAAGUGGUGCAAGGCUAUUUACUGUGAUCCGCCUUAUUUCUGCAAAAAGUUCCGCGUUGGUGAGCGAUGCUGUGAGUUCGAGUGCCUGGACCCGCCGGGCGAGGACACGCGCUACCGCGAGCGGCAGCGGCUACGCGCCCUCAUCCUGGCCGGCAACUCGUCCGCCACGCACCCCGGACCCUCCGCCGAGCUGAAGGCCGGCAUCUCCCUCCUAGCAGUCGCCGUCGCACGAUUCGUAUGAAACACGGAUCGCCUAGACCUAACCAAUCAGGAAUCUUUUGAGGAAAUUCUUUGCCAGGACAUGUAUUGACGAUCUUGAGGGUUUUAGUUGACACGUUGAAUGCCAAACUCACAUUUGAUGAUACUUUGAUCUGCUUCGUUACAGGUACUCUUGUACCCACGGACCGUUUAUGUCUUUCAAAGUCUUGUCGUACCUACGCGUCUCAUAUUUAGAUUUUAUUUUUCAACAAAUGAAUAAAUUCGGACCAAUUUUAUGUAACCAAGUAGCGUCGUGUUCGUUUUCGUUUUCUUAAUUUGAAUGUUAAAUGUGAAACGUAUUGUAGAACUCCUUAUACUUAGUUACUAAAGUCGUAGAUAAUUUAAAAUUUCUAAUAGAAAAUGAGAUAUUAGAAAAAAGACGUAAAAACCUCAUUCAACAUUACUUACCUCCGUCAGAAAACAGAAAAAUCUUAUAAUAAUGGUGCCACUGUAGUCGAGAUUUAAUUAUACGAUUUUAAAAAUAGCUCAUGUCACAUUAAUAAUAGAGUUUAUUUCCCAGGUCGAUUUGUAAGUAAAGUAAUAGCCAAUAAAUCAACAUUUAAUAGAUACGUACGUUCUAGUCGACACGCAUUCUAAACGCAUGCGUAUUUCUUCACUUCUUAAACUAUUUCACUUAGCUAGACACAUUUCGAAAUUGUAGCUUUAAAUUUCAUAUCAUCGGGCGUCCGAUUCUGUAAAUCAUUAUAUUGCAAAACGUAAUCUCAGGAAACUAUCCGGCUGAAUGAAUUAGCCUGUGCUUAAAAACUACUUUAAUAUUUUGAUAAGAAAUGCUUUUAAAAGCAGUAUUUAAGUUAAAAGCAAAGUGCCUUGAGAGACUCGAGGAAAAUGUUAUUAUACGCUUAGAGUUUUAAUAUCAAACGAAAGUCUUAUUCAGAGUUCAUUUAAUUUCUAGCGAAACUGCGCUUAUAACGUAAUUUUCUUAUUAAGCGAACGAGAAAUUACUCGUCGUGUUUAAUAUAUAGUAAGUGGGAUUUACAGAAUCGCACCCCAGCUUAGUAAUCAUAAAUAGUGCAAUAAUAUUAUAUAGAAGUAGUAAAAUUGUGAAGUUACUUUACAUGUAGGUACCCAUAUUCGUAAUUAGUUGGGAUCCCCAGUCUAAAUUUUAUUUGUGUUG